AUGAUCAUCGUGAGUUUCACUACCUUGUCGUAAACCAAGAAGUAGGUAAAAACAAGACAUACCAGGCCAAUUACUGUGCCAUUUCGUGAAGAAGAGUCUUAAUACCUAUUGGAUUCUGAAGCCAAAUAACGAUGGCUGUAGCAAGCAGAUGGCUACGAGAUGGAUAAAAUUGAUCAGUUUGGAUUCUGAAGGCCUUAGGAGAGGUUUGAAGGACCACGGAGCGGUUCAAAGCAUUGUUCUAACCACGGUUCAAGGCCUAUUGGAUUCUGAAGGCUUCAGUUGAUCUUUUAAGGAGAUCAGUUCGGAAGAACCUUGGGCCCAUUGAAGAUUCAGAAGGCUCAGAGAAGAUAACUUUGAUCAGUUCAAGGAUUCUGAUGCCGAAUAACGAUGGCUGUAGCAAGAAGAUGGCUACGAGAUGGGUAACAUUGAUCAGUUUGGAUUCUGAAGGUUACUGAGGAAUCUGAAGCCUCGAGAGAGAUAACAGAGAUCUGUUCAAAGAUUCUAAAGCCAAAUAAUGAUGGCUGUAGCAAGAAGAUGGCUACGGAAUGAAGAUAAACUUGACAAGUUCUGUAGCUCCUGAAGCCCCAGGUCAGAUUAGAUUGGAUUCUGGAGCAUCAGAAGACGAUUGAAGAACCAGGAAUGAUAACACAUUACCAUCGUCAUUCAAGCCUGGAGGUUGAGAUGAUAACGGUGAAUGUGCUUUUCCACUUGAUCAAGGUAGAAAUCACACGGUUCCUCGUGAUUGAAUCAGUCGUCUUGAUGGCCAACUCUCUAUCUUCGUUAGAACUCGAUAUCAAUCAGAGUUAUUACCCGUAG